CCCAUUCAGAUUCACAUUCUCCAGAGGGAGUCGAAGAGUUCGAGAGCCAUGAUAGUAAAGAAGAUCGGAAAAAUGCUUGUGCGUCUGAAAGUGUAGAGGUAAUUGAAAAGCAAAAACAUACCAGCUCCAAUGAAGAGAACCUUAAAGAUUUCAAUAAAAAAAUAAAAUUAGAUAAUACAAGCUUUCAACAAGUUCAUGUGACUUCUCAAGAAGAAAACUUAAUUUUCCAGCAAAUUGCUGCUUCAUCAGGCUAUUCACAAAAUAUUCAAGUACAUUCAAGUAUUAUUUUAAACCCAAAAAGUACUAAUAUUCACAAAGGGUCUCAUUUAAAAAAUAACACCCAAAAUAGAUACCUGGCUAGUAUGAAUGUAGAAGACAAUGGGAUUAAUGUCGAUGUGAAGGAAAGUACUCAGGUGGAGAACGUCAGAUAUGAUCUAACUUUGAAAUCCGAAGGUCUCAGUGAAAUUAAAGAAAAAAAUCGACAGUUUAACAGCCACAUUGAAUUUGAAGAACCUUUUGAUGGAUCAGAGUCAAGUUAUCACCCAAAUACUUCGUCAGAUUCAGAAGAUGGAAAAAAAUUAAAGCGACACCUAAAGAAGUGAACGCUGUUCGAGAAGAAAAAGAUGAGAAAAAAUGGCGUCGCAAAAAAGGCAAAGCAGGUCCUUCUACUUGGGAAAGAAAUGAACAAAAAUAUUUAAGAAUGCGCGGUAAAGAAUACAGAGCAAAAAAGAAGGAGCAAGAUGGAUCUUCUAUAGUUACUAUAAAGAAAAACUCCCGCGAAAUGAAAUCAAGUUGUACUUCAGCAAAAUGUCUAGCAGCAAAAGAAAAAAGGAAGUGUUCAAUGAUAACUGAUGAGCAACGAAGGAAAAUUUUUGAUGGGUUUUGGUCUGAGAUGGAUUGGCAUCAACGAAAGUUAUUUGAAGUGUAUGACGUUUACAAAAAAGAUGAGCCACAAUCUGCUGUCGCAUAUGAUGUUUUCUUGAAGGAAAUGAAAAAUACAAAUAUUGAUGUGUAUCAUCCAAGGAAGGAUCAGUGUGAUUUAUGUUUUUCGCAUAAACUGGGCAAUGUAGAGCAAGGGGAUUAUGAAUCACACAUUAGCCAAAAAGAUCGCGCUAGAAAGGAACAAAUUAAAGAUAAAGAAGAUGCGUUAAAAGGAAAAGUGUGCGUAUUUACAAUGGAUGUACAAGCUGUCCAACUUGUCCCUGUCGUCCCAGCAGGCAUGAUCCAUGACUUUCAAGAUGAACCCACUUCGGAAUCAGAAGCUGAUGAUUCUGUUAAAGACAAAACGUUUUGUGUCGAAGAUUAUGACAGUUCAAGCUCAAGUAGUGACACAGAAUCCUUAGAUUUUUUAGAAAAUUUAGAACCACUAAAUAACAAGAAUGAAUACGACAAUAACUAUAAGAAUAAGCCGUCGCCUAAAAGUGAACUACUAAAUGACAAAAAAAAUGAGAAAAAUACAUUGAGUCCACGAACGAUUACCUUUUUGCUACUCCUGGAAGUAAAGUUAAAUGGGGAAAAGGUGGAAAAUCCUGAAAGUAUUACUAGCAAUAAGCUUAGAAAGCAAAUAGCAACAGUCACUCAAAUUCUAAGUUUAACUAAAGAAGAAACAAAACAAUUUUCUAAGUUCAUGGGACACACAGAAAAAACUCAUGAGGAAUUUUAUGAACUGCCUGUAGAUGUAUAUCAAACAGCUAAAGUAUCGAAACUUCUUCUAAUGAUGGAAAAAGGAACAAUUCCAGUUGAAUAUCAGGGAAAAUCUUUAACAGAAAUAAAUUUAGAUAUUAAUGUCGAAUGUGCAGAAGAAAACGAAGAUUUCGAAGAUGAGGUCGCUACUUCAUCACAUAUGGAACUACAAGCACAUAUUGAAUGUGUACACACACAGGAUGCAAAUGAUAAUUGCGGUUACCCAAAAGAAGUUGUCGAAAACGAAGCUAGCGACAAUAAUGUCGAUGAUAAGUAA